AUGACCUCCAUAAACCUAACAGCCAGUCUCCUAAUAAUCGGAAGUUCACUCAUCUCAGUUCUUUGCGACGUUCCAGCUCCAAUAAUAAAAUCUCUGAAGGUUAACUGUGAUAUAAAAUAUAAAUAUGCCACAACUUUGGUCUCAAGUCGUAUAUUAAAUCCAGCAAAUGUUUCUCAAGAGGUUCAUUUUAGAGUUACUCUACCUGAAGAAGCAUUUAUAACUCGUUUUGUAUUGGUGAUCAAAGGAGAGCCAUACGAAGCUUACAUUAAGGAAAAAGAUGAAGCUAAAAAGGAUUAUGAUGCAGCCGUUAGUGCUGGUCAAAGUGCUGGACAUAUUUUUCAAACAAGUUCCCGCUUUUCUAAAGACUUCACUGUAUCAGUGAACGUAGCAGCAGAAGAAAAAGCAGAUUUUAAUGUUACUUAUGAGGAGCUUUUAACUAGGAAGAAUGGUACCUAUAAAACUGAAAUUAAUAUUGAACCUCAUCAGAUUGUCCCAGAUCUCUCAAUUGUUGUUAAUAUUGAGGAUAUUUUGCAAAUAACAAAUGUUAGAGUACCAAAAUUUAAAAUGUCAAAUGAGAUUGACCAAAGUGAUGGAGAAAACACAAAUGCUAAGAAAGAAGAAAUAUCUCCUAAUAAAUUUCGAGUGGAAUGGAAUCCUUCAAAAAAAGAACAAAAAGAACUGAAACCAGAAGGCUUGAAUGGACAAAUGAUAGUAGAGUAUGAUGUUGAUGCAUCCAACAAAACCCAACAAAUUAUGAUUGAUGAAGAUGGAUAUUUUAUCCAUAUGCUUAGGAAUGAUCUUCUGCCAGUAUUGAGGAAACAUGUUGUAUUUGUUCUUGAUGUUAGUGGGUCAAUGUAUGGUCAUAAAAUGGAACAAAUGAAACAGGCCAUGGAUAAGAUUUUAUCUGAUCUAUCUGAAAAAGAUUGCUUUAGCAUUGUUUUGUUUUCUGACACAACUACUGCUUGGAAAGAAAAUGGUGCUGACAUGGAGUUAUUAAACUAUUAUUAUGGCUACCCUGAUGAGGAACGUAAGAGUUUUUCUGCAGGAGAAGAAAAUGUUGUAACAGCUAAUAAAGAAAAUAUAAAAAAUGCUAUUAAUUUCACUAAAAGUCUCGGAACAUAUGGAGGUACCAAUAUUAAUGGAGGAUUGCGAGUUGGUAUUGACAUAGCUAAAAUAGGUCAACAGAAAUUCAAGAAUGAUGUUCAUCCAGUCGAACCAAUGAUUAUAUUCUUGACUGAUGGAGAACCUAAUACUGAAGAGUCUGAUCCUGACAAAAUCAUUGAUAAUGUUGGCAAACGUAAUACAGAAAAGGUUACUAUAUUUUCACUUAGCUUUGGUUUUGAUGCUGACCUCAACUUUUUGAAAAAGCUCUCAUUAGCGAACAAUGGAUUCUCAAGGAGAAUAUACGAAGGUUCAGAUGCAGCUUUGCAGCUCAACAACUUUUAUAAAGAAGUUGCUUCCCCGGUUCUAUCAGAUGUCAAAUUUGAAUAUCUUCCUGAAAAGGUUGAAAAUACUACUGCUGAAACAAAAAAUCUAUUUUCUGGUUCAGAAAUUCUUGUUCUGGGAAAGGUGAAACCAAAUAGUACAGUUUCUGGAGUCCUCUCGGCUAUGACAGCAGAAGGCAGGAGAAUGUUACAAAUGCCAAUAGACUAUUUGUUUUUGCCUCCAAUAGAGCACAAGCCAAAUCAAACUAAAAUAGGUAAAAUGUUUUUGAAAAAUGUAUAAUUGCAUAUAUUCUUCCCAUUGACAACAGAAUACCUUUAAAAGACGUCUAUAUUUAAAACCUAUAAUCAAACAAUAAAUAAAUUAGAACGAUUCAGUAUAGGAUUACUUGAUGAUGAUAAUAAUAGUGAUUUUAUUUUGAAUGUUUUUCAUAUUAAAAUAUACUGGCAAGUGAGCAAAUGGCAUUUCUUUAUAUUAUAUAGAACGGAUUGUUUAUUAUAACAAAAACUAAUCUUUGAAUCCCUAUUUUUUUCAUUUAAGGAAUUGUAAUGCGACCAAUUCCAAUACUGAUAUCUAUUACAAAAUCUUACAUACAACAGCAUUAUCAUAAAUUACAUGUUAUAUAAACCAGGGAACAGUACAAACCGUUGACUUGUCAAUAUCAAAGUAGAACGUAGUACACAUAUAAAAAUAUAUGUGUUUGUGUGUAAAUAUAUAUUGAUUAAUUGUUAUCAUCAAUUUUAGGUUAUUUAGAAAAAAUGUGGGCUUAUAAAACAAUUAAGUCUCUUCUUGAUCAAAACACUGUAUCAGAAAAUGAUACUUUAAAAGAAAAGGCAAAAGAACUAGCACUGAAGUACAAGUUUGUUACUCCACUGACUUCACUGGUCGUGGUCAAACCAAAUGUAACCUCCGUGGUGGAUGAUAAUAAAGAAGACAAAGUCAAUCAAAAAAUGUUUUGUGAUAAUAUUACAUGCCUUACUGGCUUUUAGAUUUAAUUUACUAAGCUCAAUGUAUAUUUAUGGAUCAACAGGUGGAGGCGGUUACGCUGGUAUGGCUGCUAUGCCCAUUGCACCAAUGGCACCACCAAGUAUGUCAGGAGGAGUACCAACCAGAUUACAUUUUCAGCAAAAUUUUUAUACCACCACAAUGCCUCAAAGUGUAACAGCAGAUAAUGGCUCUGUUAUUCCAUAUACGAAUGUGACAUGGCUCAACCAGACAAUAUCUGAUGAUGGUCUUUAUGUACAGCCUCCUCCUGAAGUAGAUAUAAAUGAUGUCAUCGCAUUGAAUGAGACUGACAUUUGGACAUCAAGAUGCAGUAAUGGAAACCCUUGCCGCCAUUUUAUAUUCUGUUCAUUAGAUUCUUUUGCUGAUGACUUCCAAGAUUAUCUUCCGUAUAAAUGCCAUAUUGAACCAAGGUUUCUUGGAGUAUGUUGCCCAGUUUGA